AUUGAUCUCAACUACAUGGUGUACAUGUUCCAGUAUGAUUCUACCCACGGCAAAUUCCACGGCACAGUCAAGGCUGAGAACAGGAAACUUGUCAUCAACGGGAAGUCCAUCUCCAUCUUCCAGGAGCGAGAUGGGGUCUCCAUCAAAUGGGGUGAUGCUGGUGCUGAGUAUGUUGUGGAGUCCACUGGGGUCUUCACCACCAUGGAGAAGGCUGGGGCUCACUUGAAGGGCAGGGCCAAGAGGGUCAUCAUCUCUGCUCCUUCUGCUGAUGCGCCCAUGUUUGUGAUGGGCGUGAACCACGAAAAUUAUGACAACUCCCUCAAGAUUGUCAGCAAUGCCUCCUGCACGACCAACUGCUUGGCUCCUCUAGCCAAAAUCAUCCAUGACCACUUUGGCAUCGUGGAGGGCCUCAUGACCACCGUCCAUGCCAUCACUGCCACCCAGAAGACUGUGGACGGCCCCUCUGGGAAGCUGUGGCAUGACGGCCGAGGGGCUGCCCAGAACAUCAUCCCUGCUUCCACUGGCACCGCCAAGUCUGUAGGCAAGGUCAUCCCUGAGCUGAACGGGAAGCUCACUGGCAUGGCCUUCCGUGUCCCCACCCCCAAUGUGUCAGCUGUGGAUCUGACCUGCUGCCUGGAGAAAGCUGCCAAAUAUGACGACAUCAAGAAGGUAGUGAAACAGGCAUCGGAGGGCCCCCUCAAGGGCAUCCUGGGCUACACUGAGGACCAGGUUGUCUCCUGUGACUUCAACAGUGACACCCACUCUUCCACCUUCAAUGCUGGGGCUGGCAUUGCCCUCAAUGACCACUUCGUCAUGCUCAUUUCCUGGUAUGACAAUGAAUUCGGUUACAGCAACCGGGUGGUGGACCUCAUGGUCCACAUGGCCUCCAAGGAGUAA